CUAAAGAAUUAACAUUCACAUGAAUCUAAUACUCCGCCUGCUUUGAGUACAGCGAAAGCGUUAUGUAAAUAUCAUUGAGCCCAAACCUGCAUCCACGAAGCCGAUGGCCCUGGCAAAUGGCAAAGACAAGAUCAUCUUCGACGACACAACUCACCGCUACCUACCCAUCAGCAUUGGUGAUUGUAUGAACGACCAUGUCAUCGCAAGAUGUUUCCUCGUCGCAGAGAUCCACCGGUAGUAAACGGCGUCGUCGAUCGGCACCUCCUCCAGGACGGCUGGGAUGGCCUGGUGGCUUGACCCAAUCCAGUGGUUCUCUUUCUCAGCCCAACAACAACAGCAAUAACACCACCCACAAGAGAAAACGCUCGUCCUCACAAUCGUCUAUUCCAAAACAACAUCAUGACAACAGUAACGACGAUUCCUCGUUGUGGACGGAAAAGUACACCCCCACGUGUCGCAAAGAACUCUGUGUGGCUCCCAAGAAAAUCCAAGAAGUGUCCGAUUGGUUGGACGACAAUGACAAUAAGAAUCCAUUUCGGUUGCUCAUUUUGGUCGGACGACCGGGCAUUGGAAAAUCCACGCUAAUACGAGUCUUGGCGCAAGAAGCCAAUGUGGAAUUGUUGGAAUGGAGCGAGACUUACUCGUCGUGGUCCAACCAUGUGGAAUCCUUGUCGCCACUCCAGUCUUUUGGCAAAUUCCUCCAACAAAGUGGAGCGGGAUUUUCCUCGUUGGAUUUGCAAUUCACCAGCACCACAAGCGCAAAUAGUCGCACUACUGCUAACGACACUAGUUUGCCCCGCAAAAAAUUGAUUGUCUUGGAAGAACUUCCCAAUUUGGCCAAUGCCGAAAGUCAAGAACGUUUUCGAGAACUGUUUACGCAACACAUUCAAACCUCGCACAUCAAGACGGUCUGGAUCUAUUCCGAUGUCACCGAAGGCAAUCACAAACCACAAGAUUUGGAGCGACACGUCGAUCCUUCCAUUUUGUACUCGCAGUCCCAAAUACUGCAAAUCAAUCCGGCCACCAAAGCGCAACUCAAGAAAUCACUCGAACGAAUUGCCAAGGCCGAGCAAUUCACUCUUUCCAAGGAUACUUGCGAGAAGAUGCAUUUGCAAAGUGGAGGAGAUGUCCGAUAUGCCAUUAUGGCACUGCAAUUUGAUCGAGUGGGACAAUCAAACAAGUCUUCUUCUUCUGGAAGAGGCAAAAAGAAGAAAUCUUCCUUUUUUGAAAAGCCCCCAAAAGCCAAACAAUCCACAACCACGACGACAAUGCCACCACGAGAUACGCAGUGGACGGCAUUUCAUGCGCUGGGGAAAAUACUCUAUGCCAAACGACAAGAGCCGUCCAACAACGACAGCAUCAGCACAAAUCCUCGACAACGCCCUCCCCUCCAGUUUGACCCCGAAGGUGUCCUCGAACACUGCGAUUUAGAUCUGGGAAAUGCAUUGACGUACUUGGGAUUUCACUCGGUCGAUUUCUUUACGGAUAUAGAAGAAAUUUCCACGGCAAUGGAUUUGUAUUCCGACGCGUCCUAUCUGCUCGAACAAACCACCAAUUACAAUUAUCAACGGCGCAACCUAAACAACAACAAUACGGUUUCCUGUCCCAUUUUCCCCGAAGGAUACGUCACAUCCCUCGCGAGUCGGUCCGUGGGAUAUGCCAAUCAUCAUCCGGCACCCUCGCGAUUUCGGCAAUUGGAUGCUCCCAAGAUUUUUGAAAUUCGACGCAAACGAACCGAUAAUGAAUACCAGUUGCAUCGGUUGCAAAGGCGACUGUCUUCCAUGGCAGAUGGUGCAGAUGGUGUGUCGCACUUUGUCUUGGAUCGACUGCCCUUUCUCCGCAUGAUUGAACCACAAGCGGUAACUUCGUCUCUGGACCGACUUCAUUCGAGCAAUUCGGAACACACUGGUCGGUUCGAGGCUUUGCAACAGGAAGAGGAAGCAGCAGCCAUGGCACGCCUGCAAAAGGAGCAAGAAGAAAUCUUGCAGGCCGAUGAUAUUGAAGAGUUUGACAGCAGCGAUGAGGAGGAGAAAACUGUUGCUGUUGCUGCUGGUCAGUCGCAACAGGACAGAAAGGUGCCCGGAUCUUUACAAAACACAAGUGCCCGACCGGCCACUACACAAUCCACACAACCAGCGAAAAAACCAUCCAAGCCCGUCUUCAACCCGUACAAGAAGAAGCAACAAAACACACAAUCGCAGCAAAAGCCACCGCCGCAGGUUACCUGGAGCCGUCCGCCCAAACCAGUUACCAAACUGGUCAACCCUUAUGCAAGAAAAUCAAAAGCUAGUGGUGCUACAGUACCGAACAACCGCCCUUCUGCUCUUCCGCCUGUAGUGGCGGCGGAGCAAAAACCUCCUGCACGUGAAACGGCCAAGGUCACCGUGGAUGUUUAGCCUGUGCCGGAUGUGCAAGAUCCAGUGUCGUAGUUGCUAUCAUGCCACUACAAGCCCAACAAACAAUCACAAUACCAUCGAAGGACACAUGGGUGCAAAUAUACAUAGUGCUAUGUAGGAUAUUAAGAUGCAGGUUUGCCAUUGCGAAAGCAUUCGCAAUGAUCCAUCGUUUCAGAUGCAAAAUUGUUGCAAAA